CGUCUGAGGAACACUUACCAUAACAUAAAUCAAAUGGCCAUUUUAGAAAGAAACAUUUUUAUUUUAACUUUGGUCGGGGUAUGGAAACCUGAUCAUUGGAAAGGAUUUAAAGCUGCUCUUUAUUACUUUUACAUUUGCUUAGUGACAAUUGUCAAUCACUCAUUUCUUCUUUCUGGUGUUUUGGAUUUUGAGUUGCGAAAUAUCGACGUUGUUGUGAUCAUUGAUAAUCUAUCAUUAUUGAGUUGUUUAUUCACAGUUCGCUAUAAAAUCGUCACAAUACUCUAUUAUCGUAAAUUAAUUGAAGAAUUUGUAAAUCGUUUUGAACGAGAUCCAUUUAGAGCAAAAGACGAUGAAGAAGAGAAGAUUUAUAUAAAAUUUGAUAAGUUUACAAAGACGAUUUCAAUGUUGUAUCCAGGUCUGUUUACCGUAGCGGUAUCGUGGUAUUCAGUAGGUCAUAUAUUUCGAAUGAGUCCACCUAAUGUGAUGCCUUAUCAAGGAUGGUUUCCCUAUAACUAUACAAUAUACAAAUAUUAUUGGCCGACGGCUAUUUAUCAACUUUAUGCAAUCUGCAGCGCGGCAUGUGUUAAUUUAGCUUACGACACAAUAUUUUGCUGUAUAUUGUACUAUAUAUGUGCGCAGACACAUAUUCUCAAGUAUCGAUUUUCUGUACUGGUGGAAAAUUUACAGAAAAUUAAUGAGGAGAAUGAUGGUAGCGUAAAUGUUAGGGAAAUUGAACGAAAAAUGAUCGGUGACUGGGUUGAUUAUCAUAACAACAUACUCGAUUUAGUGAAAUUUGUGAAAUCUUUAUUCUCAACUGCAAUAUUUGUACAGUACGCAGCGAGUUCACUUUUGAUUUGCAGUAUUGCGUAUACGUUAUCGCACACAGAAACGCGAUCAAUGAAUUUUGCCGGUGAUUUUUUUUAUCUCACAGCUAUGACGAUCCAGAUAUUUUUCCAGUGUAUUGCUGCUGAUCAAGUGACAGUUGAGUUCGCUGACAUUACUAAUGCACUUUACAACACGAACUGGUAUAAUUUGAGUAAUAAUGUACGAAAAGCGAUGACAAUCAUCCUCGCAGAACCUUUGAAACCCACUUUAAUAAAUAGUGGAUACUUUGUAAUAUUAUCUUUAGAAUCAUUUACAAAAGUUAUUAAAUUAUCAUAUACUAUUUAUAACGUACUUCAAUAAUGCAAUUGUAAUCAGCCAAAGUUGCAGUUAGUAAUCUAACUAUUUAGGUUAUUCAUUAGUCAAAUUUAGUUGAAGAAGCGUGAAAUAUUCAAUUAUAUCGUAAAAAUAUCGGAUUAGUCCAUUGCAGGGAAGACUGGGUAUGGUUGUUGGUGCCACGACUAUUAAACCGAAAACAGUUCAACCGAGGACACUUCAACCGAACGACAGUUCAACCGACAAAAAAUCCCUGAUAAGAGGGCACCUCAAUAAAGGGGUCCAGGUUAUUUUCAGUUGAAAUGUUGCUAGGUUGAAUUGUCGUUCGGUUGAACUGUCUUCGGUUUAAUUGUUACAGAACCAUGGUUGUUCCACGGGACGGUUGUCACAGUGAUCAUAACAGACAACUUAACAAACGAAAUACGAACAUUGAUCGCGGCCAAAGAACCGGUAUCGAAAGAGAGGUGAUGCCUUCGCGAUUUUUCGACGCCGAUUGAUGAACUGAUCGCCACAAAUGACCUCUGUGACAAUCUACCUGUGAGACACCAUACCCAGUUUCCUCUAGGCUAUAGAGAAAUGUAGGACGUCACAAUCUGAGUAUUUGCUACCCUCAUCUUCAAUUCGGAUACACACGAGGCUUGAAAUGUCCUUUUUUUUACCAUAUCUGAGCCUAAAGUCCAAAGUCUUGCCCUGUUUAGACGAAAGAAAUUCGUUCUUUUCUUUCAUGAAAAAAUUAAUGAUGAAAAUUAGCGCGGGCGCAAUUCUCCCACAAACAAAGACGAAAAUUUAAAUCUUAAGGUACAGUUCCGAUGAAUAAAAGUAUGCACACCGCAAAGGAAGGUAGGGCAUCCCAAUUCGUGUGGCCUACUAUGCCAUUAUACUUGCGUAAAGCGUUCCAAUUGGGAAAACCAAUAACAUAAAUGUACACAUGUGCAUACAUGAACCGCUCAAUCAAUGACAGAAAUUUGAACUUCCCGUUGUCGGUGUGGUCGAAAAUAGUAUGCACACCACGUAAAAAUUAGGACAUCCCAAUCCGCGUGUUCGUCACUGUUGCCUGCGGCUUGGGAAUGAGGGUCAUGAGGUAAACACCCGCGUGGGUUAAAACGUCCUAUCUUUUUUAAUAAAGAAGUAACUCAUAAAAUAAACCGUCUAUAAAUAUAGAAAUGUUUAUUGUGAUUAAAUUUAUAAGUGGACUUUUUGUAUAUCAAGAACUUUCUCAAUAUAGUAUUAAUAAAAUUAUUUACAAUGAAACAAUUUUUUCGAAAUUCUAGAAAAAAAGGAUAAAAAAGUAUUUUGUCUUGCAUUUACAAGUUUAUCCUUUGCAUAUCCAAACCAUGAUUUUUGUCUUCGAU